UCUGAAGUUUUUUCGGGUUUAUUGGAGUUCAGAUCUCCGAUAAUGAAAGCGAAUUAUAUGACGAUACUCGGACCGAGCACGAUGAGGUUAGUUGCUUGUUUGGUAGCUUUCCCUCUUAUAAUCAUGCUAUCAAUGAAUUAUCAAGAUCAAAUGUUCAAUCUAAUUGGAGAAGUCAAGGUUCUUGGAGGAAAAGCUCUAAAUGUCACACAAAUUGGUUCAGAGCCAAAACGUGAACCUGCAAGCAUUAGUUCUGAUAAUAUACUACUCGACGGACUACUCUCUUCAGGAUUUGAUCAGGAAUCCUGCUUAAGUAGAUUCGAAUCUGUCUUGUACCGAAAACCUUCACCAAAAAAACCUUCUCCAUAUCUCAUAUCCAAACUCCGUAACUACGAAAAUCUUCACAAGCGUUGCGGACCUGACACGGAAUUGUAUAAGACUACACUUAAGUUACUUGAUUCCAGAAACAUUUCUAGCCCUGCAGAGUGCAAUUACGUAGUCUGGACAGCUCAAGCCGGCCUCGGGAACAGGAUGCUGAACAUUGCUUCAGCAUUUCUCUACAGUCUUCUUACCAAUAAAAUUCUGCUUGUUGAAUUUAAUCCUGACAUGAGUGAUCUAUUUUGCGAGCCAUUUCCUGACACAUCGUGGUUAUUGCCUCGUAACUUUCCGAAACAAUUCAGAAAAUUCAAUCAAUGGAACGGGGAUACGCUUGGAAACACAUUGAAGAACAAUGUCUUUAACGCAUCAAGCGAUUUUCCACUACCUUCACAUUUAUACAUAUUUUUAGCUUAUGGUCUUACUAAAUUCGAUAUGCUAUUUUAUUGCGAAGAGCACCACGAUCUUCUUCGAAAAAUUCCAUGGCUCGUGUUUAGAUCGGAUGAAUAUUUCAUUCCAUCUUUGUUCCUGAUUCCGUCAUUCCAACAAGAACUCGACAGGAUGUUUCCUGACAAAGAAACUAUUUUCCAUCACUUGGGUAAAUAUCUUUUUCACCCUUCAAAUAAGGCAUGGGGACUUAUAACUAGAUUUCAUGAUUCUUAUUUAGCUAAAUCAGGAGAAAUAAUUGGUAUGCAAAUUAGAGUUUUUAAUCAAAAGGAUAGUCCAGUUCAAAGAGUAAUUGAUCAAAUUUUAGCUUGUACUACAAUUCAAGAAAAUUUUCUUCCACAAGUGGAUACACAGAAGCUGAUAGCUUCUGAUCCAAGAAACAAAACAUCAAAGGCUAUACUAAUAGCAUCAUUAUACCCACAAUUUUACGGGCACUUGUCGAAAAUGUAUUGGGCAUUUCCGACUCGAAACGGAGAAGUAAUUAGGGUUUUUCAACCAAGCCAUGAAGAGUAUCAACAUUUUGGGGAUAAUAUGCAUAAUGUGAAGGCAUGGGUUGAAAUGUAUUUGUUAAGUAUGAGUAAUGUGUUGGUGACUAGCUCAGGGUCUACAUUUGGUUACGUGGCUCAAGGACUCGGCGGUUUGACACCGUGGAUACUUUACCGGCCGGAAAGUUGGAAAAAUUCUGAUCCGGCUUGUCUUCGAGGCAAAUCAAUCGAACCGUGUUUGCAUAUACCACCCUCAUAUGAUUGCAAGAAUAAAAGAGAAUUUGAUAUGGGUACAAUGGUUCCUUAUGUCAAGCAUUGUGAGGAUUCAUCUUCAGGAUUGAGGCUCAUUAACCCUUUACAAUAAUUUUAUGUAUAGUUAGUCUUAUAUUAAUUUCUGAUUUUCUGUAAGUGAGAAAAGAAAAAUAUUUUGAUCUAUGUAUAGAAAAACAAUUACUCCUCUCAUUUCUUUACAUGUUAAUUUUGACUUGGAUUUAAAUUCCAUA